CACAAGUCUCUAGCAAGUCGCUUGCGAACACACUCGAUUUCUGUCAAUCUCUCUCCCAAUGGCGCCGACUAGGAGCAACCACCCCAGGGUGUUCCUGGACAUCAACAUCGGUGGCGAGCACGUCGGCCGCGUUGUCAUCGAGCUGUUCGCCGACGAGGUGCCCAACACGGCGGAGAACUUCCGGAUGCUGUGCACCGGCGAGCGCGGCACGGGGCGGUGGUCGGGCAAGCGCCUGCACUACAAGGGCGCGCCGUUCCACCGGGUGGUGCCCGGUUUCAUGUGCCAGGGCGGCGACAUCACCGCGAGCAACGGCACCGGCGGGGAGUCCGCGCUCGGCUACGGCCGGUACUUCCCCGACGAAGGGUUCAGCGCCGUCAAGCACGACGGCCCCGGCGUGGUGUCCAUGGCCAACGCCGGGCCCAACACCAACGGCUCCCAGUUCUUCAUCACCUUCGGCGAGACGCCGUGGCUGGACGACCGCCACGUCGCGUUCGGCCGUGUCGUGGAAGGGAUGGACGCCGUGCGCGCCAUCGAGAAGGCCGGGUCCAUGAGCGGCAGGACGGUGAGGCCCGUCGUCAUCGCCGACUGCGGCGAGGUCAAGCACCGCGCCCUGUUCUAAUUAACUUACUCUCUACCAAACUUGACACCUGUGCGUGCAACUACAAGAGAUACGUGUGAAACUAUGUAGAUCAUCAUAUGUGUGCUUGUGUCCUCACAUCGUUCAUGUGUGCACCUAUUCGUUGUGUUGACUGAUGUAGCUAUAAUGCUGAUGUGUGAGAGGGAAAAUGGUGCUUGAGUUAAUAAAGUGCUCACUUUUGCCUUGGUGCCAAUUCAAGUGGUCUUGUUUCUUUCCCCUUGAACUCAGUACACAUUGUUAUUCUCUUUUUGUGUUUGCAUGUUCUUGAGAAGGCUCGAUUUUUCCCAACUGGGUAAGGGAAGGUGUGUGAAGCUUCAGGGAUGUUGACAGGCACGAGGUCCCAUGGAUGGGAGCAGUGCUGCACAAGAGACCAUGACAAGCACUGCGAUGCGUACAACCCAAGCUGGAGGAAUUUGCACGAGUCAAGGUCAUCAGGGUUGUCUGGUGUAGGGAUUGCACAGCUCUUUUUGAAAAAGAAGGAUGCUUCGUGGUAAGCUGCCUGGAGCCGUCCGAAUUGCUCUUGGUUCAAAUUUAAAUGAACUCGCUGCGUUUCAUACA